AUGCCGCCACCCGCCAUCCACCAUCCGCAAUCGCCAUCGCCAUCGUCAACGUCACCACCACCACUCCGACUUCACAGGCACAGGCAGAAAUUCAACCAUCGCCAAUUGCCAUAUGCCAGAAGGCAGGCCGAGGAUCGCAUCUACCGCAAUUUUGAGCAGAAACCACAGAAAUUUAUGUUUUUAAGUUUGGCUGUCAGUUGCUGUCGUCUCACAUUUCCCAGUCUCGACAAAGGCUAUGCAGAAUGUCGCAAAAGUCUGAAUUUGCCAAAAAAUCGUCGCUUCACAUUUGUCGAGCAUUAUGCCAUCAAUAUGUGCGUAGAGGAAUGCAACUACAUCAGCUCUGGCUACACUGAAAUCGAUCCGCCUUUUCAUCUGGACAUUGGCAACGUCAGGCUCAACUUGGAGAACACAAUGCCGUCGCCACAAGCGAUAUCCGUGCCCUUUUUGGUCGAUGCCUUUACCAAAUGCAGCGUAUUUCGAGCACAGCAUGGCAAGCUCUUUAAGAUGCAGCUGCCGGAUAUUGAAUUCAUCACGGAUGACUGUAACUCCUUUGCCCUGGACGUGACCAUCUGUGUGCGCAUCCACGCAAUGCAGAAAUGCCCCAAGGAGUUCUACAAGCACGACAGCAGCGACUGCCAAAUGGCAAAAGAGUAUUUCACGCACUGCGUGGACGAUAUUGAAGCGAAUAUAUCGUACUGA